AUGGCCUUUUUGGUAUGGGUUAGUUUGGCAAAUUUCUCUAAUCACUCUCGCAUGUUUCGAAGGAUUUCCAACAGAUCAGAACUGCCUGAGAAGAAGCAGAAGAAAAAUAAAAGUGAAGUAUCAUCACCUGGUCGUAAGAGAGCCAUGAAAGAUAAAUUGACAGAACGGACUGACAAGAAGCUUACUCACAGAAUUCGUCAAAAAAGAACAAAAGUUUCAGAAGUCAAAACUUUACUGGAAAAACCUGAUCAUGAGAUAGCACACAUGAAGCUAAGUGUGAUGCAUCUCAGAUUGUUACAAGAGGCCAGAGAGCGUAUUAAGAGUAAAACAAUUCUGUCAGGACCAUCAUCCUCUAAUCAAAGCAACUCCCAGUUUGGAGAUACCAACAGUUUUGAUCCUUUUGAAGAGAACUAUGAAGAGAACUAUGACAAUGACAGAAGAGAGAACCACGUGCUAGAAAAUGCAACCAAACUGAAUUACCAUUCCUACAUGAACAAACAAACACGGGCCAAAUGGUCGAAAUCUGACACUGACUUAUUUUACCAGGGUCUUCAACAAUUUGGUAGUGAUUUUGCAAUGAUACAGCAACUAUUCCCAGAUAAGUCCCGUGAUCAGGUGCGGCAGAAGUUUAAAACUGAGGAGAAAAAACAUCCAAUGCAAGUCCACGAUGCUAUACUUCAUCGCUCAAGAGAUACUUUGUAUUUAAAACAAGUAAUCAAACAGCUCAACAUCGAAGAUCUGCAGAGGGGCAUGAGCAGUACACAUAAACAAGAGGUUGCAUCAAUUGAAGGAGACACUGGAAAUGAGGAUUUCAUCGAGGAGGUAGAGAAUGGUUCAAAUUGGUCAGAUAAAGAGCUGGGCACGCGCCAAUCUGAGGUCAGAGAGGGGGAGCAUGUUUCUGGGAAUGCUGAUGAUGACCUGGAUCUGGAUGUUUUUGAUUGCUCCCAAUUUGGAGGUACCGACACUUUUGAUCCUUUUGGAGAGAACUAUGACAAUGACAGAAUAGAGAACCACGUGCUAGAAAACGCAACCAAACUGAAUUACUAUUCCUACAUGAACAAACAAACACGGGCCAAAUGGUCGAAAUCUGACACUGACUUGUUUUACCAGGGUCUUCAACAAUUUGGUAGCAAUUUUGCAAUGAUACAGCAACUAUUCCCUGAUAAGUCCCGUGAUCAGGUGCGGCAAAAGUUUAAAACUGAGGAGAAAAAACAUCCAAUGCAAGUCCACGAUGCUAUACUUCAUCGCUCAAGAGAUACUUUGUAUUUGAAACAAGUAAUCAAACAGCUCAACAUCGAAGAUCUGCAGAGGGGCAUGAACAGUGCACAGAAACAAGAGGUUGGAUCAAUUGAAGGAGACACUGGAAAUGAGGAUUUCAUCGAGGAGGAAGAGAAUGGUUCAAAUUGGUCAGAUAAAGAGCUGGGCACACGCCAAUCUGAGGCCAGAGAAGGGGAGCAUGUUUCUGGGAAUGCUGAUGAUGACCUGGAUCUGGAUGUUUUUGACUGGUACUAG